GGUAAAGAUGGUGACCUUAUCAUUAAACUUGACUUGGAGAAGGCAUAUGAUCGCCUUGAAUGGAGCUUUAUUAAGGAAACAUUGACUUUCUUCCAAUUUCCCUGCAACAUUAUUGAUUUGAUUAUGUCUGCUAUCUGCAACUCCAAUGUUUCUAUUCUUUUAAAUGGCGAGCGAACUAAUUCGUUCCCUCCUGCUAGAGGAAUAUGCCAGUCAGAUCCCCUCUCACCUUAUAUUUUCAUACUUUGCAUGGAAUUUCUUGCUCUUACCAUAACAAAAGCAUCGUCUUUAGGAUAUUGGAAGGGGAGUAAAGCUGGAAGGCGUGGACCUUCCCUUUCUCAUCUUUUCUUUGCUAAUGAUCUUCUAUUUAUUGACCAUCGCAAGCUUCAUUUGGUGAAGUGGGAACAAGUUUCUCUUCCCAAGUGUUUAGAUGGGCUCGGCAUCAGGAGCGCCAAGGAAGCUAAUACCACUGCCAUGGUUAAGCUUAAUUGGAGAUUGUUCACUAAGGAAGAUAAGCUAUGGAAUAUGGGUCUUCUUUCUGAAGCGGAUAACAACUUGCUUGUUGCAAAUAUCUUUCCUAAUGGACUCUUUGAUCCUUCUCUUAUCUCAUAUCCUAUCUCAGAUUGCCUGCUAGAUACAAUCAAGGCCACCCCUAUCUCUAAGACCAUGGCUGGCCAGGAUAGUUUUGCUUGGAAUGGCUCUCCCAAUGGGUCAUUUUCUACAAAUUCUGCAUAUUUUCUUGCCAAAGGAUUGGAUCCUAACCCCAAGGAUAAUUGUUCCAAAACUGAUCGUUGCCCCAACAUGCCUGCCCCGUGGGGUACUGUGUUUACCUUCAUCCUUUGGAACAUUUGGCUGCAGAGGAGCAAGAAGCUUUAUUCACCAAAUUCUUUCCAGCCAACUUCUAUCAUCCAUACCAUUAGAGAACGAAUUUAUGAGUUCUGCGCCAUUUACCCUCUCCCUAAGUCUCUACCUAAACAGGUAGAGCCUAGGUUGGUUGGUUGGGAUAAACCUCAUGUUGGUUCCUUUAAACUUAACACAGAUGGUUCCGCUCUUGGCAAUCCUGAACCUGCUUCAGCAGGUGGCAUAAUUAGAGACCAUAAUGGUACCUGGGUUUGUGGGUUUUCUAGAAAGAUUGGAACUACUUCUGCUUUGGCUGCAGAACUAUGGGGUGUGCGUGAUGGUAUUCUUAUGGCUUAUCAUUAUAAUAUCCAAAGUUUAAUUGUGGAGAUGGACUCUCUUACUGUUGUUAAUUAGCUUAUUGCGAAGGCUUCUGUUCAUCACCCACUUUUCUCCCUUAUUGUGGAUUGCAGGGAGGUUAUGUCUAAAAUUCCUCGUAUUUCUGUUCGGCAUAUUUUUCGAGAGGCCAAUUAAUGUGCAGACCGUCUUGCUGCUAUAGGACAUUCACUGUUGGAGAAUUUUGUUGUUUUCGAUUAUUGCCCCUCUGGUCUUGUUUUGUUUUACAAUGCUGACCUCAUGGGAAUCUGGUUUCCCAAAUCUUAAUGGGCCGUGUUUUUUUUCUC